AUGAUCGAGACGCUCGGAACGGGCACCUUUGGGCGCGUCAUGCUCGUUCGGCUUCGACACGCUCAUCCUAGCCGACCUGAAGCCUACUUUGCCAUGAAAGUGCUGGCCAAGACGGAAGUGGUGCGGUUGAAGCAGGUGGAGCACAUCAUCUCGGAGCGAGCGAUACUGAGCCAAGUGAACCAUCCGUUCGUGGUCAACUUGUUCUGCACCUUUCAAGAUUCGAAGAAUUGCUACAUGCUCAUGGAGUACGUCAUUGGUGGCGAGAUCUUUUCGCACUUGCGAAGAGCUGGCAAGUUCUCGCCGGACGUGACUAGAUUCUACAUUGCUACGCUCGUGCUCGCCAUCGAUCAUCUUCACCAACAAAAGAUCAUCUACCGCGAUCUUAAACCGGAAAAUUUGUUGCUGGACUCGCGCGGAUACACCAAGAUCACCGACUUUGGCUUUGCGAAGCGCGUCGACGGGAGGACGUGGACGCUGUGCGGUACGCCAGAAUACCUUGCUCCAGAGAUCAUCGAGAGCAAAGGGCACAGCGCAGCUGUGGACUGGUGGGCUCUGGGCAUUCUCAUGUACGAGAUGCUGGCCGGAUUCCCGCCCUUCUUCGAUAAUCAUCCGUUUGGGACGUACGAAAAGAUUUUGAAAGCGCCGCUCGUCUUUCCUUCGCACAUCGAUGCGGUGUCUCGCGAUCUGAUUCGGCAGUUGCUGAAUCGGGACGUAUCGAAGCGACUGGGGAAUCUGCGAGGAGGCGCAGAGGAUGUCAAGAACCACUUUUGGUUCCACGGAGUGGACUGGAGCGCGCUCGAGGCGGGCCAGUUGCAAGCUCCCAUCAUACCUAGGAGGAGCAAGGUGGGAUCGACGGAAAAUUUCAGCAAGUACCCGCCGCCCAAUCCGGACUCUAUGCCGGGCCUUCGAGGCAAGGAAGCGGAUAAGGCUGACCUUGACAAGGAUCCCUUGGCGCACCUCUUUACCGCUUUUUGA